UCCUGGUUCAUGUGACUGGAAAUGGUGCCCAGAGCAAAAAAGCCAGACGCUCCAACUCUCAUAUAAAUGUAGUCUGUGUGGAAAUAGUACUAUUCAACACAAGUAGAAGUUGCUGAAUCCACACCAGAAUACAUUUGGCAGGGAAUAAGGAACUUGAACAUUAAAGUCCUAGAAUUAUAAACAAUUUGGUGAUGAGCUGAGUUUGCAAUGCAGGCAAUAAAAACCGUGGAAAAAGAAGUUACUUUUGUCAAGGAAAUACUUUUCACAGAAUCCUUCCCAAAGAAACAAGAGUGCGGCAGAAGCCCAGAGCGCAGGCGGCUCUGCGAGCAGCAGCAGCCAUUGGAAGGAGCUGUCUUCAGCUCUCAGUGCUGUACUGAGCAUGUCCCAGCGGAACCCAGCGCAAGCAGCACAUUAUGCAAAAAGGCAGCUCUAGCAGAUGGGAGAGAGGCACAGCAAGCAUUUGCUGCACUUGCAUCACCACUGCUUGAAAACAAACCUGGAUCGCUAGAGGGGAUCUCGCCGGCAGGCCAAAGGAAUGAAAUCAGGGAGCAUGGCUUGAUUGCUGAAGGGGUUGCGCUACAAACAAUCAUGGGGAAUCAAGAUGGGAAGCUAAAGAAAAAUACAGGUGAUGUGCAUGAAGGAGGAGAGGAUGCCUCUGGGCCCAAGGAUGCAGACGGCACAAAGAAGGUACCGGGAAGCAGAAGGGGGCUAGGGAAGCAUGCAAAAGGAAGUGAAUCGGGUAAGAAGAAGGGUAAGUCAGACUCGAGGGCCUCAGUGUUUUCAAAUCUGAGGAUCAGAAAAAAUCUGUCUAAGGCUAAAGAUGGGAACAGCAGUUCACGGGAGGAUGUUUUGGAAAGCCAGGCCUUGCAUGCUGGAGAGCUGGACAGUACUCAUUCAGUUGUAGCCAAGACUCCAGAUAUAAGCAUCUCUGCAGAUGAAGGGGGACUCUCUGACACAGAUGCUGAACAUUUUGAAAUCAGAAAUGAAACUGUCUCGGCUGCUGCAGAGACACAGGAUGGACAAAGGACCAGCUCUGGCUCUGAUACGGAUCUGUACAGUUUCCAUUCAGCUGCAGAACAAGAGGAUUUGCUUUCUGAUAUCCAGCAAGCUAUUAGACUGCAGCGGCAGCAGCAGGGGGCAAUUAACAUUGGAACUGAGGACCUUGUCACCAAAACAAUGGGCCGACACAUGGCUAAUUCACAAGCAGCCCCCUUAGAUUUUGAGCGGUUUCUUUCAGUAACUGCCACUGAAAAAGAGAGGAGCCCAGACACUGAGGGGGCCUUUCCAGAGGUAUCUGAAAUUACGGAAAAGAUUCCCAUUUCCUGUGCAACUGAACGUGAACUGAAAGAAGUGGGAAGUGGCACAGGCUCUCCUGGUAACGGCUUAUUUGAAACACAAGAACGUAAGCUAUUGACAGAGGAACAGGAACAGCUCGUUGCUGAAGUGGAUGUUGUAGCUAGUGAACUAGAAGGUGAUUUAAAUAGAAUUGCGGUGGAAAAUGCAUCUCGGACACACAGCUCCACAGAAUCUUUUCCAGCCUCAGUAGCAGAUGCCGAGACUAAAAUUGCUGAAGUCCAGGCUGUUGAUUUGCAGGACUCUGUAACAGAGGAUAGUGUUUCAGAGUUGGGCCGUGAUCAUGCUGCUGAGACUCAGGAAGGGAAACAUGCUCUGUCAGCCAGUCAAGAGGUCCUGCAUAAUGGUUUAUCCAUGGAAAUGAAAAAUGGCACUUUGUCCUCCAAAGGGACAGCAGGCAGUCCGGUGCUUGGUUCCCAGUGCUUUAAGCCCUAUCUAAUUAAUCCUUGUUAUAUCAAAACCACAACUAGGCAACUGAGUUCUCCCAACCAUUCACCAUCUCCAUCCCCAUCCCAGAGCCCGCUUUUUACAAGGAGGCAGGAGUCCUCCCAUAAAAAAGAAAAAGUCUCAAUCAAGAAACAGAGGUCUGCUAGUUUAGCAGGUUUAUUUAGUCGUUCAGCAGACUGGACAGAAGAGGUAUCUAAUCAGAAAUGUGAGAUAAUGCAGAAGAUGGGGUCUGCAGGCUUCUUGGAGCACAAGGGAUUUAGAGAGAAAUUUCAAUCAGAAAGAGUGCCUUUGACUCAUUCAAGAAAGUCCUCAGGGGUGCAGGCUUCCACAGAGACAUUUCCCAAUGUCUUUUCAGGACGAACUCUGCUGGAAAAGCUCUUCAGCCAGCAGGAAAAUGCACCACAAGAAGAAGCAGAAAAACUGUGUUCUCGCAUUAUUGCAAUGGGUCUUUUGCUUCCAUUCACUGACUGCUUCAGAGAACCAUGUAAUCGGAGUGCGCAGCAAAGCACACCUACAUUUGAUCAAGACCAGCUUUAUACUUGGGCUGCAGUUAGCCAACCCACACAUUCAUCAGAUUACAUUGACGGAAGCUUUCCAAGGAGAAUUCCAUCUGUGUGGCCUCUACCCAAACCUGCAGAUGAAGAACAAAGACUCAAAGUUACAGAAGAAGAGUUGAAACCGACUGUCCUAGAAACAGAGAAACAAUGCACAGAUGAUGUUCAGCGGGUACAGAACGAAGACUGUUCCACAGUACCUGGGUCCUGGGAUAAUUUUGAGGUGAAAUCUGAGGAGCGCACCAGUGUCAUCCAACAACUUGAGCAAACAAUUGAGGAUCUGAGGACUAAAAUUGCAGAACUAGAGAAACAGUUCCCUGCUGCAGAGGUACAGACUGCUGGAAGGGAACAGGAAAAUGAGCACACACAUACAGUCUGCAGGGAACUUGGCAGUGUGAUUCUUCAAACAAGAAGAGAGGAGACCGUACCCAGAACUGUGUCACAAGCAAGAUCUGUACAAACGUCACCAACAGAGGAUUAUUUAACACACGCAAUGCCUUCAGCCAAUGCACUGCCACAGCCACCCCCACCACUGCACUUAGAAGGGGGCAAAAGUGAAGGGCCAACUCAGAAAUUGCCAGCCCUAGAACUAAAGCCCACAUUUUGUUCUGAAAUGUUAAUUCUAUCACCGAAGCUAAUCUCAAUGCCACUGGAUGCAAGCCAAUCUGUAGAGAGCACGACACAGUUGCCUCUUCCAGGACCUAAGGUUAAUUUGUCCCUUGCGUUUGAAGGAGAGACUGAAAUGCCAGCUUCCCAUCAGCCUCUAAGUACUGUAGAUGUAACUUGUAGUGAACGUUCCCUUUCUUUGCCCCCUGAGCCCACAUGUACCAUUCCCCCAUCGCUACCAGCCACCGAACCAGCUGCUCCCCUGUGUGGAGACCAUAGCUCUUCCCUUGCCACUCCUAUGUCUAUGGCAGGAAUACCACCCCCACCACCCCUACCUAGCUCGGGACUCCCUCAUUCUGCUAGCUCAGCAGUGCCAUAUCUGGACCACUCUUUGCCAGGCAUCAUGAUGCCACCACCCCCUCCUCCUCCUCCACUUUUGCCAAGUGGGGAAAUACCGAUGCUGCCUCCAGCCCCACCUCUCCCAUGUGCUGGAGUCCCACCACCACCUCUACCACCACCUUUGCCUGUGGCUGGUUUUCCUCCUCCACCUCCUCCUCUGCCUGGUCUGGGAAUCCUGCCACCCCCGCCUCCUCCUCCUCCACCACCUCUGCCUGGUGCAGGUAUCCCCCCGCCACCUCCUCCACCACCUCUGCCUGGUGCAGGUGUCCCCCUGCCACCUCCCCCACCACCUUUGCCUGGUGCAGGUGUCCCCCCGCCACCUCCUCCACCACCUUUGCCUGGUGCAGGUGUCCCACCACCACCUCCCCCACCACCUUUGCCUGGUGCAGGUGUCCCCCUACCACCUCCACCACCACCUUUGCCUGGUGCAGGUGUUCCCCCACCACCUCCCCCACCACCUUUGCCUGGUACAGGUGUCCCUCCACCACCUCCUCCUUUGCCUGGGUUGGGGAUGCCACCCCCAGCCCCACCACCUUUGCCUGGAGUAGCACCACCCCUUCCAAUGCCAGCACAGGGAAACACCUACCCAGCAGUCCCACAGGUCUGUGGAUUUCUUCCUCCUCUAUUACCAUCCGGUUUAUUUGCCAUGGGGAUGAAUCAGGAGAAAGGGAGCAGGAAGCAUGUGAUAGAGCCUUCUCGGCCAAUGAAGCCUCUUUAUUGGACAAGAAUUCAGCUCCACGGUAAAAGAGAUUCUAGUGCUUCACUUGUGUGGGAAAAAAUUGAAGAGCCUUCCAUAGAUUAUCAUGAGUUUGAAGAACUGUUUUCUAAAACAGCUGUUAAAGAGAGGAAGAAACCCAUUUCGGACACCAUUACAAAAACAAAGACUAAACAAGUUGUCAAGUUGUUAAGUAACAAAAGAUCUCAAGCUGUUGGAAUACUAAUGUCUAGUCUUCAUUUAGACAUGAAGGACAUUCAGCAUGCUGUUGUGAACUUGGACAACUCUGUGGUUGACCUAGAGACCCUUCAAGCCCUGUAUGAGAAUAGAGCACAAACAGAUGAAUUGGAAAAAAUAGAAAAGCAUAGCAAGGCAUCCAAGGAAAAAGAAAACGCCAAGUCUUUGGAUAAACCAGAACAGUUCCUCUAUGAACUCUCACUAAUUCCCAACUUUUCAGAACGUGUAUUUUGCAUCCUGUUCCAAUCUACAUUUUCAGAAAGCAUUUGUUCAAUCCGUCGCAAACUUGAAUUGUUACAGAAACUGUGUGAGACACUGAAAAAUGGGUCAGGAGUUAUGCAGGUCCUUGGUCUGGUUCUUGCCUUUGGAAAUUACAUGAAUGGUGGAAACAGGACACGAGGACAGGCAGAUGGGUUUGGACUAGAUAUCCUGCCAAAACUUAAAGAUGUCAAGAGCAGUGACAACAGCAGAAGUCUUCUGUCUUACAUUGUCUCAUACUAUUUGCGUAAUUUUGAUGAGGAUGCUGGAAAAGAACAGUGCAUCUUCCCUCUUCCAGACCCACAAGAUCUCUUCCAGGCUUCGCAACUGAAGUUUGAAGACUUUCAAAAAGAUCUCCGCAAAAUGAAGAAAGAUUUGCGAGCGUGUGAGACAGAAGCAGCAAAAGUUUAUCAGCUAUCACUAGAAGAGCACCUCCAGCCUUUCAAAGACAGCAUGGAGCAAUUCAUUAGUCAAGCUAAAGUAGACCAAGAAAAUGAAGAGAAGUCACUGACAGAAGCACAUAAAAGCUUUUUGGAAACUGCGGCCUAUUUCUGUAUGAAACCAAAACUGGGAGAGAAAGAAGUGUCCCCACAUUCUUUCUUCAGUAUUUGGCAUGAAUUCAGUUCUGACUUCAAAGACUUCUGGAAGAAGGAAAACAAACUUAUUCUUCAAGAAAGAGUUAAAGAAGCAGAGGAAGUCUGCAGGCAGAAAAAGGGGAAAUCGCUAUACAAUAUAAGACCGAAACACGACUCCGGAAUUAAAGCAAAGAUAAGUAUGAAAAUCUGAGAGAAGAAAAGCAGAAGCCAUUGUUACCUGAUAACCAAAACUCAACAUGCCUGUGUGUGGGGAGAGAGGGGGAAGGAAACUACAUCAUCCUUAUCAUUUUGCUUACGUGACCUUU